AUGAGUUUGAGUCAGCUCAUAUCCUUAGGCAACAACUCCGCAGCGCUGUUAAAAAACAUAAUUGGGUCUAAAUUAGGGUCACUAUUUAAGCCUAGCCCUAACCACGAGUACCUAUUCCCCAGUAUUCUUUCCUAUUCUGGCUUUCUUAUCCUAGUGUGCACGGCGUAUAAGUUAUACGAAAAGUGCUACGAAGGAAAUGAAGACAAGCUCGAAUUCGCCGGCACCGCGGUGUUUGACGCGCACAGUGCUGAUUCGGAUAAGGGACAGAAGGUCCUGUCUGGCCAAAAUGAUAUGAACAGUGAGCAAAGUGCAGGUGGGAGCGAAGAACAUGCCGGAGAGGAAGCCGAUGAAGAGGGGAACGAUGAAGAAAUGGACGAAGAAUUAGGGGAGGAAUUAGGAGAAGAUUAUGGGGAACAGUAUGGAGAACCGUAUGAGGGAGAAUAUGGAGAAAUGCUUGACCAGCGUUAUGGGGAGGACUAUGGCGGAGAGUACGGCGAGGAGUACGACGAAGAAGACGGCGAGGAGUACAGCGAAGAAAACGGCGAGGAGUACAACGAAGAAAACAGUGAGGAGUACAACGAUGAAUGGGUAUAUCCAGAGGACCAUCAAGGAGGAGUGCAGUACCAACUAAAAGACGAGGAAGUGCUCGUCAAAUAG